AUGUUUGAAGGCAAUAUUUUGCAUCUAAGAGAUAGUGUUGAACAGUUUAUCAAAGAAAAAAACUACUCUGUAAAGAAGAACAAGGAAGCCAAAUCUUCUGUCAUAUACAGUCCUUUGAGUCGUGUACUGUCAAAAAUCACUGUGAACUAUCUUGGUUGUGAUGAUGGAUUUGAUCAGAUAUGUCAGUCUGCACGUUACUUAAGCACAUCUGCCAGUACUCUUACGGAUGAAAAGGUCAACCAAACGAUUGCUGAAUUAACUAAAGUUCCAGAUGUUGACCUCACUAUUCACUGUGGAUUGUCUUCAAGUUUCUCUGGUCUUUUGCCAUGGCAAAGUCGGUUUUCGGAGUUCAUACAAUGUCCUUCUGUGCGAGGCCUUCGGCUGUCUGACUUCCAUCAAAUUGUAUGUCGUUUUGGGAUGGUCAAACAACGCUGGGGUCGUUGA